CAAGACCCUGUUCUUCACCCUGCCGGACAUAGGCGAAGAGUGGGCCUCGGACAGCGACUCGGAGCACGGCGGAGAAAGAAGAGGACUGUCAGAAGGACCUAGAAAGCCCAGUGUUGCUGUGAAAAACAAAGACCUUUUGCCUACAUAUUUUACAAGAAACGUGCAGAAAGCCAUUGAUAAAUAUACCAGUGAAUCCCCAUCGUCAUUCUCGUCCAGUGGAAGCUGUACACCCACAGAAGCCCACAACUCAUGGGAUGGGUCUUCAACACAGAGUUCCACCACUGGCUUAUCUACAGAGAGGAGCUCAAUUUAUUCUUGGAGGGAUGAUGAAUUCGAUAAAGCCAAUGCCCAGAAAGUGCAACAGUUAUUUUGGGAGGUGGAGGAAAUGUUAUUCGAGGGGAAAGUAGGUGCCCAAACCCAGAACCUGCUGGCUGAAUGCAGUGAGUGGGCAAGCAGAGCCCUCCAUCUGAGAGUAUUAGGAAGACAGCUCAUCCUGCCAACUGAUGAAGGAUUCCAACACUUCCAGGGCAGCCUGCCAACUCCUGCCAGCCACAAACCCUUAUCUGAUGCCCCUGAACCCGACAGCAACAUCAGAGAGCUGUGCAUCUCUGGCUCUCAGAUAGUGCCUGCAGCACUCACCGUCUCUGCCCUGCCAGGCUGUGAUGGCACCGGGGCUUCCAGCCAAGUGGCACGUCCAUGCCUGGAAGAAGAGGUUUAUGGUGUGGAUGGGAAGAUUGAAGAGUAUUUCGCAUUUGACAGGAAAGAGGAUGGUGACGUGCAUCGUGAACAAAAGCCAGCUCGCCCUGGCAGAAAGUGGCGUAAGCACGGAAUUCCGCCCGUCUCUCCUCAUGACUGCAUCAAAGAGACCGUGGCAGCGGAAGUAUUCGAUCGCGUUUGGGAAAAUGUGGUAGUAAUACUGAAGGAGCUAAUUCGGCAGAACUGGGAAACUACAUUGACAGAAGGAAAGAAAGAGAAAGAGAAAUUGAAAGCACCUGAAACUAGAUCUCCUCAUGCGCUCACCCCCCGCCUUAGCACAGAUGUGCCAAGUCUUCCCCCCUCCAGAAGUUCUGAAACUCGCUGUGGCUCCCUGGCUUCGCAGCUGAACCCACCUCAGAUUCAUCGUUUCUCUAACAAUUUCUGUAAUGAUUUGAAAGGUGUGAUGACAAUUCAAGCCAAGCCUCUUCAGCAGAGACCUACCUACCUUGCAGAUAGAACACAGAGUGAGCGGGAGGACAGGUCAUCUGCAGGAGGGGCCAGUGCCCUUUCCUCUGCUCGUCAUCGGCUGGGGCGGACCUCAGACGUAAGAGCAUUACAGACUCCUGCCAACAAAACAGUGAUGCAUAGGAAACUGCCUGCUCUUAUGUCAGACUCGCUAAGAAUAAAAACCCCCAAUGUGUAUAGUGAUGAAGUUCUUAGGGGGACCAAACUGCAAACCAGUGUAGACCACCUGUCUUCCCCUCCAAUUCAAACUUCCCGGAGCCGGUUGCCCCCAAUUGGAUCAGAAUCUGUAGAGCAGAACCCAGCACUUUCUGGAUCCCGCUCUAUAUUGCACAGAGGAAGGCAUCCACAAAGCCGGGUGUCAAGCGCCGUGCCUGAUUGCAUAGAGCGAUCGCCUCUUCGGGAAAGAACCUUCGCCCUGGAGCAGCAUUCUAGGCCCAGCACAACUCACACCUUCUGGUUGGAUACACCUCGAAAAGGUUCCCUGACUCUGAUGGAAUUUGCCCAUCACACGUGGACAGGUCAGAGUGUUUUGACAGGCUCACAGAACCUCCCUAAAUCUUUUCAGAGGGCAACUUUGGCUUCAAGAAAGAGGUUCCAAGUGGCAUCUUGAUAUUCCUUCACCACAGCUUUGGAUUUACUGGAGCAUUCUCAACCUCAGUGCAUCAUGUACCACUUGAAAAACUGAAGAACAAGUAUUAUACAUUUUAUCUGCUUGUCUGACAGUCUGAGAUGUUAGGCUACCUGAGAGAAAUGCUAGCAAGCAAAUUAAUUUUGAACACUUUGCAUUGUACAGAGAAUAAAGGUGAAAUUCAGUAAUCUUUGGUGAAAGCAAUUUGAGAUUUCUCAGGCUUUACUAAGAAGAUGCAGUGUGUUUAAAUUCCCUCACUUUAUUAAUUAUGCACACAACUAAUGUGUACAUGUACUCAUAUACUAACAAUACAUAAGGAUAUAUUAUCGAGGAGACUCACUCCAUUUUGUAAGUUUAUACUUCAACUUUGGUCUAAUUCUUUUAAUAAUUUUACCAAAACCUUAAGCAAAGAUAUCACAAAAGAGUAAAAUUAUUUGAGACAAUUUAUGUGAAAAUCAUUCUAAUUGCUUUGUUCAUUGUGCUGACUUUCUUAUGUGUUUGUUAAAAAGUGUUUGAGUUAUGAAACACCUUGAGAAAUGUCAGUGGCUAAUGCCCCUAAAAUAGCAUUUAGAUUUUUUAUUACUACAUGAUUGCAUUACAUAAUGAUUACUUUAAGGUGGGGAGUUGGUAUGUGUACAUAACCAUUAUUUAUUGAUUUUUAAAGCUGAAGAUAAAUGUCAUUAAAAUCUGUUGCA